AUGCCAUUUCCAUAUAAAACAGUUCUUGUCAUCGGCGCCACCUCAGGUAUCGGCCUCGCCCUUACAGAGAAAAUGCUCUCUCAAGGCGUUACCAAAAUCAUAGCCCUUGGUCGUCGUCAGGAACAACUCGAUGAUCUACAAAAGAAACAUGGGGAUACCAAAGUAUCUACUGUGCAAUUCGAUAUUACGGAUCUUGGAGGUAUUCCUGAGAUGAUCGCUGGAGUUCUCAAAUCCCAUCCUUCUCUCGACUGCGCAUUUCUCAAUAGUGGUAUUCAACGACCUCUUGAUUUCACCCAGCCCGAAUCCAUCGAUCUCGAUUCAAUAUCCGCAGAAUUCACCACUAAUUAUCUCUCCUAUGUCCAUCUUACCAAAGCUCUCCUCCCACAUCUACAAACACGAGCUUCGGGGGGUGAAAACGCAGGAUUGAUCUUCACAACCAGUGGAUUGGCAUUAGUACCCAUAGUCCGAUGUGGGAAUUAUUGUGCGAGCAAAGCAGCGAUGCAUCAAUUAAUAUUAGUAAUGAGAGAACAACUGAGAGGAAAAGAGGGUGGUAAUAAAGGGAAAGGAAAGGGAGUAAAAGUCAUAGAAAUCUAUCCGCCAUCAGUUCAGACAGAACUGCAUGAUGAGAAAUUUCAGCCGGAUAUUAAGAAUGGGAGGAGUAUGGGGAUGCCGCUAGAUGAAUUUACGGAGGAGGCGUGGAGGGGUUUGGAGAGGGGGGAUGAGGACAUUCCGGUGGGAACGACGCGUACGAGGUUUGGGUAUGAGGGGGUGGAACUGGAGAGGAAGAAAUUGUUUAAAGAGAUGAGGGAGAAGAUGAAGGGGUGA